AUGGGGGACAUGGAUCUGCUGCGGAUGCAAGCUGUCCUGCACUACGUCUAUCCCUUGUUCGUGUUUCUGUACUUCGUCGUCACGUCUAGUAUUGUGACCUGCACCUUCAAAGCCCCAGGCGCGCCCAAGACUGUCCACGCACGACACAGAACUAUAUGGUAUCUGCUGCUCCUCUUCACCGCAUCAUUUGGCGGUCAAGUCAUCCUCAAGGUCAUUGAGAUUCUUUCGUGGGGUCGCUGGCCAUCGCAGGACACCAUCCUCGGACUGCUUUCGUGCAUAUUGGUGUUCGGAAUUGAGCAGACCAGCCUGUCAGAUGCCUCGACCGUUACGUGGUAUCCAUUCUAUGGAUCCUGGCUCAUCGCCCUUUUCUUCGAGCCCUACAACGCGGUACUUCUGUUCAUCGGCGCCCACAAAGCGGAAUCUGGGAGACCGGUUUCUCAACCAAGCAAUUCAGCACCGCUCUUCCUUCAGGUAGACGCUUCCUUGGCCAUUGCUCGCUUUGUCCUUGUGCUGGCCGUAUUGCUAGCCUACUUCAUAUGGCGCCCUCGCGCCGGAACCGAAGGCUCCGACGAAGAGCGAUCGCCAUUGAUCCCGAAGCUCGGCCAGACCUCGAGCGACGCCGAAGGAUCCACGGACAGCGGAUACGGAACCAACUCCGAUGUCACCAAUACCGAAGCAAACAACACGGACACUGUCAAUUCCCCAACUGAUCCGGAAUCACCAUGGGAACGCCGAGAGCGGGAAACGCGUGAGAAGAUUGAAGAACGCCUGAAGGACGAGGGUGGCUGGAUCGGAUACGUCAAGGGGUUCAAGAUCUUCUUCCCCUAUGUCUGGCCCGUCCACAAUCAUCGUUUGCAAUUCCAUGCCGCGCUUGUGGGCCUCUGCCUACUGGCCAAGAACGGUCUCAACUUUUUGAUACCGCGACAGUAUGGAGCAGUGAUGGACGCUCUCAGCAAUGUCUCUGGAGAGAACCCAUGGGUGCAGGUGCUCAUAUUUGCUGGUCUUCGCCUCCUCUCUUCAGAAGCUGGUAUCCCACUCCUACAAAACCUCCUUUGGCUACCGGUGGAGUUUUACGCCCAACAAGCGCUCACCACUGCCGCCUAUGCCCACGUCAUGAACCUCUCUUCCGAGUUCCACGAUACUAAGAGUUCGUCGGACCUUAUGGUGGCCAUUAACAAUGGCCACUCUAUCUCCGAAUUGCUCGAGUCCGUCUGUUUCCAGGCAAUCCCCAUGAUGAUAGACUUGGUCGUGGCGUUCACGUACCUUUCUGUCAAGUUUGGCCCCUACGAAGGUUUCAUCACCAUUGCCACUGGUUUGGCCUUCGUACAAGCCGCGGCUCGGCUCAUUUCGAGCUUCAAGGAACAGAGGAAGAAGAUGGUUAAGACAUACUACGAGGAACAUUACGCCUGCCAAGCGGGCAUUCAAGGUUGGCACACCGUGAGUGCUUUCAACCAGGUCCCGUAUGAGGAGAACCGCUAUUCCGGAGCCGUGGUCUCCAAAGUGACAGCCUUGAAGACCCUCUAUUCAGGCUACGCUAUUGGCCAUGCCUUUCAGUACUUGAUCCUACUCGCAGGCUUGCUGGCUGGCGCUUUCCUGGCUGUCUACCAAAUCACACACGGCCAGGCAACCGCAGGUGAUUUCGUUAUGCUUUUGACAUACUGGGGUCAGCUCACAGGGCCUCUUCGAUUCUUCUCGCAGUUGGGCAGGAGCAUCAGCAACGAUCUGGUGCACGCCGAGCAACUCCUCGAGAUAAUGCGAACGAAACCGACUGUGGUCGACAAGCCUGACGCUCGACCAUUGAGGCUUAAGGGGGGUAAAGUUGAAUUUCGGAACGUCAACUUCAGCUACGACAAGAAGAAGGACAUCUUGAAGGGCGUGAAGCUGUCUGCUCCGCAGGGGAGCACAGUAGCAUUCGUGGGUUCAACCGGGGCUGGCAAGUCGACCAUCUUGAAACUGCUCGACCGAUUCUACGACGUCACUGGCGGUUCCAUCUUGAUCGAUGGGCAGGACAUCCGCGAUGUCACCAUUGCCAGCUUUGAUGGUAUUCUCUUUAAUCCAGUCCUCGCUAACAUCAUCUCUCGCAGUCUACGCCAGGCCAUUGGCAUUGUCCCUCAGUCUCCCAUUCUCUUUGACGACACUGUCAUCAACAACAUCAGAUAUGCUCGGCUAUCGGCUUCGGACGAGGACGUCUACAGCGCGUGCAAAGCGGCUGCCAUACAUGACCAGAUCAUGGGCUUUACGGAAGGGUACUCAACUCGCGUUGGAGAACGCGGCGUGAAAUUAUCUGGAGGUGAACUACAGCGCAUCGCCAUCGCCCGAGCUAUCCUCAAGCGACCAGAGAUCGUUCUCCUGGAUGAGGCCACCAGCUCCGUGGAUACGGACACGGAGCAGAAGAUUCAGGAGGGGCUCCGUGUUCUCUGCCAAGGUCGAACCACUUUCAUUGUCGCGCAUCGCCUAUCCACUGUGAUGAAUGCCGACAUCAUCUUCGUCGUGUCUGAGGGCGGAGUUGUGGAGCAGGGUAGCCACGAAGACUUGAUCGCCAAGAAUGGUAAAUACGCCGAACUUUGGUCGAAGCAGGUCUUUGUCAAGGCCAAGAAUGCAAAGGAGGAGGAAGAAUGUACCGAGUUGGUCCAACCGCAACCCCUGCCGAAUACGCAGACGGAUGGGUCCCUCGACGAACCGCCGAACGAAGCCAGCACCUCGAGUACUGUCCAGCAAGAAUCAACACCGAAGACUGCCGCGGUGACCGUGGAUGACAAGGCGGACGGACAGGCAGUGAACACUCCAACGGGGCACAAGAAAGAGGGUUCAAAGUUGAAUCCUGGCGCUCCGGAGUUCACGCCUCGUUCCCUCGCCAUGUCGAAGCCGCUGCCUUCGUCACCCAUCCGAAACAGUUGGGCCGAAGACGUGGAGGAAGAGAUCACCUCCCCCAACAAAGCACCCGCAGUGGACAUGGAGUCUGCUUCAUUUUCUACAGUCGUCAAGGCGUAUGAGAGCCAUACUCCCCCGCAACCAGAGGAGAUCAAUGCACCAGUCGACCUUUGUGACGUGACGACUGUGCAGCCGACUACUCCGGAAGGCCGGGAAUUUCGACCGCGACGCAAUACUUUGCAAUCCGUUUCUUGCCCUGACGCGCCUCUACUUUCGUUCCAGAAUAGCCCUGCUCGCUCCGUUAGCCAGCCUGUGCCACCCACUCCCCCCGUGCCUCAGUCCACUCCUGUCGAGCCUGCCGCAGUUCCCGCAAUUAGGCCUGAGCUUGCGCAAGAGAACCAGAAGCCAGGCGAGAUCAAGCCGGCCGCGACUGAAGCCAGACCACCCCAUGGACCACCCCAGGGACCACCCCAGGGACCAGCUCGAGGGCGAGGCUCAUACCGCGGACGAAACAACCGCGGACGUUAUCGCGGAAGAGGGCGACGGAACGGCACUAACCCACGACCGAGCCAGGGCGUCAACGGUGGCGGCGUACCGCUCUCUGGUGGCUCUCAGACCACCGCUGGCCCAAGAUGA